GGACAUCCGUCACUAGUGAAAGCCUUGUCUCAAGUGUACGAGAGAGUUUGUGGAAGAAAGAUUGAUCCUCUCACAGAUAUCCUGGUGACCGUGGGAGCUUAUGGAUCUCUCUUUAGUACAAUACAGGCAUUAAUUGAAGAGGGAGACGAAGUAAUAAUAAUAGAGCCAUUUUAUGACUGUUAUGAACCAAUGGUAAAGAUGGCGGGUGCAAAGCCUGUUUUUGUCCCACUGAGAUAUAAAAAUGAUGGAAGCUCUGCAUCUAGCGCUGAUUGGGUUGAACUUGCAAAUAAAUUCAAUUCCAAAACAAAAGCAAUUAUUCUGAAUACUCCUCACAAUCCUGUAGGCAAGGUGUUUUCCAGAGAAGAGCUCCAAGUAAUAGCUGAUCUCUGUAUUAAACAUGAUACCCUGUGCAUCAGUGAUGAGGUGUAUGAAUGGCUGGUGUAUAAAGGAAAAAAACACGUUAAAAUAGCUACGUUGCCAGGUAUGUGGGAAAGAACAAUAACUAUAGGAAGUGCUGGAAAAACAUAUAGUGUAACUGGCUGGAAGCUUGGUUGGGCUAUUGGCCCUCAGAACCUGAUUAAGCAUUUGCAAGUUGUUCACCAAAAUACGCUGUAUACUUGCCCAACUCCAUUACAGGAGGCUUUGGCACAAGCAUUUUGGAUAGACUAUAAACGCAUGGAUGACCCAGACUGCUAUUUUUACUCACUGUCUCGAGAGCUGGAAAGCAAGCGGGAUCGGAUGGCUCAGCUACUUCAGGAAGUUGGACUAAAGCCUGUCAUUCCAGAUGGAGGAUACUUUAUGAUUGUUGAUGUUUCUCCAUUAAAUGUGGAUCUCUCUGAUGUAGAUGAGAAACAACCUUAUGAUUAUAAAUUUGUCAAAUGGAUGAUAACAUCUAAGAAGCUGUCAGCAAUUCCACUUUCAGCAUUCUGUUCUCCUGAGACAAAGAGGCAGUUUGAAAAAUAUAUACGUUUUUGCUUCAUUAAGAAAGACAGCACACUAGAUGCAGCUGAAGUGAUCCUGAAGAACUGGAAUAAACAGACAGCCUGAUUUUUCUCAUUGACUCUUCCAUCUGGUAUAAUUAUCUAAUAGUAGGGGUUUUUAUUGCAAAUUUAAGAACAACUUACUUAAUACAGUAUAGAAUUCAUACAGCAUUGUUAAUAACUUUGUGCUGCCACCUGCUGAGGUGUUAAAACAAUGAUUUACUGAAAUAUGUGUGAUGCAACUCAGAGGUUAUUUUCAGUCUUUAGAAAAUAAUUUACUUUUUUCCUAAA